CAUCCUGAAGGCUGCGAAAUGAAUCUGUGUUGUCUGUCCAAACUGCAGGUGCAUCAAUAUGUAGGUGUGGUUUAAAGAACAGACUUGAAUGUUUUAGUGAAUUUCAUUAACACGUUUACGAUCGUUCAACGCAUCGUCUCGUGUUCCUCUAUGCUUUUUUCGCUCAUUCGCACAGAGGUCCUUUGUCAAUGCGUCUUUCAAUUUCUGUAGCUUUUCCCCAGAGGAGUUAUUUUGCUGGAGGAUCGCGCAUUGAAAUUGUUUGGAUCUUUCCUUGUUUGGAGAUGACAGGUCAUUUUAAGGCAAGCGGGAAACCAGAGUGAGUUGCCAUGGCGGCAGGAGUGGCUGCAUGGCUUCCCUUCGCCCGGGCAGCAGCUAUUGGCUGGAUGCCUGUGGCCAACUGCCCCAUGCCUAUCGCUCCUAGAGACCACACAAAGAGACAUGAUGAGCUGAUCAUCCUGAAUGUGAGUGGACGACGCUUCCAGACCUGGAGGACCACACUGGACCGCUACCCAGACACCCUGCUGGGAAGCUCAGAGAAACAGUUUUUUUACGAUGAGGAGACCAAAGAGUAUUUUUUCGACCGGGACCCAGACUCCUUCCGUAGCAUUCUCAACUUCUAUCGGACGGGCAAGUUGCACUAUCCACGCUAUGAGUGCAUCUCGGCCUACGACGAAGAGCUAACCUUCUUCGGCAUCAUCCCAGAGAUCAUCGGUGACUGCUGCUAUGAAGAGUACAAGGAUCGGAAGCGGGAGAAUGCUGAACGUCUCCAGGACGACCAGGAUGACAACAAGGACUGCAAGCUGCCCAACAUGACAUACAGAGAGACCAUGUGGAGGGCCUUUGAGAACCCUCACACCUCCACCAUGGCCCUGGUGUUCUACUAUGUCACCGGCUUCUUCAUCGCCAUCUCAGUCCUCACCAACGUGAUAGAGACGGUUCCGUGCGGUGCCACGCCUUCCCAGAAGGACAUGCCAUGUGGUGAGCGCUACACCGUAGCCUUCUUCUGCAUGGACACAGCCUGCGUCCUCAUCUUCACCAUAGAGUACCUCAUGAGACUGUUUGCCGCGCCCAGCCGUUACCAAUUCAUGCGCAGUGUGAUGAGCAUCAUCGACGUGGUGGCCAUCUUUCCCUACUACAUUGGCCUGGUGAUGACAGACAACGAGGAUGUGAGCGGAGCCUUCGUCACACUCCGUGUGUUCCGUGUGUUCCGCAUCUUCAAGUUCUCCCGCCACUCGCAGGGCCUCAGGAUCCUGGGGUACACGCUGAAGAGCUGCGCCUCGGAGCUGGGCUUCCUCCUCUUCUCCCUCACUAUGGCCAUCAUCAUCUUCGCCACCGUCAUGUUUUAUGCAGAGAAGGGAUCGUCGUCGACCAAGUUCACCAGCAUCCCAGCCUCCUUCUGGUACACCAUUGUCACAAUGACCACGUUGGGUUACGGGGACAUGGUGCCCAAGACGAUCGCAGGGAAGAUCUUUGGUUCUAUCUGUUCUCUGAGCGGGGUGCUGGUAAUCGCCCUGCCCGUUCCCGUCAUUGUGUCCAACUUUAGCCGCAUCUAUCACCAGAACCAGAGAGCUGACAAACGGCGUGCUCAGAAAGUACAGAAAGCCAGACUGGCCAGGAUAAGAAUAGCCCAGGCGGGCAGCUCCUGCACGGGAUUCCUUCAGAGCAAACGCAACGACCUCCUCAACGACCUGCUGGAGCUCACGCAACAACCUUACAAGCAAAACAAUAUCCACGAGGGCUCAGACGAUGAGGAACUGCUGCUCAGCAAGAGCAUGUCAUUAUUAGAGAGUCAACACCACCAUCUAUUGCACUGUCUGGAGAAGACCACUGCCCAUGAGUUUAUGGAUGAGCAGCUGUAUGAACAGAACUGUCUGGAGACCACGGUCCAGAGCUACACCUCCCGUAGCCCCUCCCUCUCCAGCCAGGACAGGCCCAUAGGUACCUGCUGUACCCGCCGGGUGAAGAGGAGCUCCCCCCUGCCCAACUCCAGCAUGCCCCUCCAGCCCAGCCAUCAGCAUGGGCCGCUACAGGAGCUCAGCGCCCUCCGCAUCCAGUGCGGGGACAAGCUACCCCCCACCACCAGUCGCUCUAGUCUCAACAUGAAGACAGACGAGGUGGGUCUGUUCAACUGCAAGGGCGGUCAGAUCACCACGGCGAUCAUCAGCAUCCCCACGCCCCACUCUGCCACCCCGGACGGGGACGGUCUUCACGGACCCCCCCAGCGCAGACCCCCCCCUCCCCCCACCGGCCCAGAGGCCGCCAGUAUUAACACCACAGCCAGCUCCACUGUCUUCAAAGUGUCCGCUCUGUGACUGUGUGACUGACCCACUCGACAGACUGACUGAGCAGGAGGAGAGGUGAAGAGAGGCUUUCACUAGAACUCUACCUUGAAGGACCCCUGUCGCCCGUUUCAGAGAUAGAGAAAUGGGAGAGAACUCCCCAUGUACCAAGGAGUAUACAGCCUUAUAGGCAGCAAGGGGAUAGGCUAUACUGAGUGAAAUGCUGCACGGCAGCUGAUGGUAGAGUAGGCUACGAUAUGCUACGAUGUGUGCAUUUUGGGAAUAUGACAGGACAAAGGAAGUCACUGUGUCUUUGUGCACUUCGCACCUACAUAUUAUUGUUUUGUUCUGCCUACAGCUAAACCCUGAAUGUCUGAAAGAUGAGGAUGAAGACACCUAUCAAUGUUUUAACUUUAGGUUGUUAGGUCUUCUUUAUGUUUUGUGUUGUCUUAACUAUUUUGUGUGUGUGUGUGUGUGUGUGUGUGUGUGUGUGUGUGUGUGUGUGUGUGUGUGUGUGUGUGUGUGUGUGUGUGUGUGUGUGUGUGUGUGUGUGUGUGUGUGUGUGUGUGUGUGUGUGUGUGUGUGUGUGUGUGUGUGUGUGUGUGUGUGUGUGUGUGUGUGAUACUUUUAUGAAAUGUUCAUAUUUUAGUGGGUUAUAACCUUACAUUUCCAUCUAUCCACAAUGUCCUUAAAAUCUAAACAACAUAAAUGCCUACUAGUACUCUGACAAAUGUUCCAUCAGACAUGCUACAGUAUUGCUGCUUUCCCAAAUCUGUCUCUCUCUCUCGCUAUUUCUCUGUCUCUCUCUCUCCCUUGCUCUCACUCUCUGUCUCUCAAUUUCAAUUUAAGGGGCGUUAUUGGCAUGGGAAACAUAUGUUUACAUUGCCAAAGCAAGUGAAAUGGAUAAACAAACGUGAAAUAAACUAUACACUUACACAAGUUCUCUCUCUCUCUCUCUGUCUCUCUCUCUGUCUCUCACUAUCGCUCCCUCUAUCGCGCUCUCUAUAUCUCUCUCUCCCUCGCUCUCUCUGUCUCUCACUAUCGCUCCCUCUAUCGCUCUCUAUAUCUCUCUCUCCCUCGCUCUCUCUGUCUCUCUCUCUUUCUCUCACUAUCGCUCCCUCUAUCGCUCUCUCUAUCUCUCUCUGCCUCGCUCUCUCUCUGUCUCUCUCACUAUCGCUCCCUCUAUCGCUCUCUCUAUAUCUCUCUCUCCCUCACUCUAUCUCUGUCUCUCUCUCUGUCUCUCACUAUUGCUCCCUCUAUCGCUCUCUAUAUCUCUCUCUGCCUCGCUCUCUCUCUGUCUCUCUCACUAUCGCUCCCUCUAUCGCUCUCUAUAUCUCUCUAUAUCUCUCUCUAUCUCUGUCUCUCUCUCUUUCUCUUCCAAACUGUCUUCAUGUUUAAGACUUUAGCAGUUUAGUUGUUGUUGUUUCAGUUCAGUGGAAGACAGUAUAAUCACCAUGGCAACAAUGACUGUCCAUGUCAAUGCCCUACUGUGAUGUGAACAGGCCUCCUCUACAUGUUACAUUAACUGUUGUCCGUUGGAGGUCCAUGCUGUAGGUGCCUGGUGUUUUGGAAUAGCUUGUGACUACUUGCCAAGAUGUGCUACAGUAAAAUUAUAACAGAUAAACAAGUAUUUUGUUUUCAUUUUUUUGUGUAAAUUAUUAUUUUACUCUGUAGGUUUUUGAAUAAUGAAAAUGAAAAUACCAUGUUGCAUUCAAGGUAUCUGUAUGUUUUUGUAUUGACUUUGUGUA